AUGUUCUUUGUGGCAGGUGCCAAAAACACAGGCAGAUCGGGUGGAGGAGGUGAAAGGAGGUCAAUCUAUCAGAAAUUCCGUAAUGUGGAUUUAUUGGAUAAAAAGAAAACAGUGACAGCUCUGAAGCCAGGUGAAGAUCGGGCAAUCUUCCUCGGACUGGGAAUGAUUCUCUCUUCAGUCAUGAUGUAUUUUGUCCUCGGGGUUACAAUAUUACGCUCCUAUGCAGACAGUGUGUGGACAGAAGAGGGUGUGUGUGUUGUAGUCAACUCCACGGUCACAGCGGACAUGAACUGUUCCUACAACUGUGGGUCAGACUGCUGGAGGGUCUCCAAAUACCCGUGUCUGCAGGUCUUCGUGAAUGUCAACAACACGAGCCGCGUCAGCCGCUUAUCUCACAACGAAGAGAUGCAGGACAUCAGCUCUGAAUGUUUCUACGUGCCGAGGUGUCAAAAGGACAGCGCUGCCAUGCACGUCAUUAUCAUGAACAUCUCAGAGCGCCUGAAGGUGCACCAGCAGGUCCCGUGUUUCUACGACCCCAGUGAGCAGCAGGACACCGUCCUCCUCACACGGCUGUACGAUCACAGUGUUGUCUUCCACUCGCUGCUGUGGCCCUCCUGCAUGCUGAUGGGAGGGGCCCUCAUCAUCGUCAUGGUGAAGCUCACUCAGUACCUCUCCAGGCUAUGUGAAGAGAUAGGAAAGAUAAAGAGGUGA